GCAUAGAGAACGUGGUGAUUUUAAUCAGGCAGUGCAGUGAACAGCUCCAGUGCAGAGUGAGAGGUUAAGUAGUGGAUGUGACAUUUUUGUGAGGGUACUAGUUGACCAGUGAGUGGAGGUGGAAGACAACCUUGUGAACUCCACAGCAUGUCCUGGUUAAUAUUUAGCCCGGCAGCGAGCAGCCUUUGGCCCCGCGGUCUGCUCAGCCUAAGCGGUCUCAAUCUGGCUCCCCUCUCCAGAAAGUACUCUUCUAAAAUGUCGUCGGAAUCUCAUUGGCUCAACCCGGCUGACCGAGACCAGCACGUGAUGGAGUUGAGGGCCACGGGCUGGAUGGAGGUGGAGGACCGUGACGCCAUUUUCAAGGAACUUCACUUUAAAACCUUCAACCAGGCGUUCGGCUUCAUGUCGCGUGUGGCGCUGCAGGCGGAGAAGAUGAACCAUCACCCCGAGUGGUUCAACGCUUACAACAAGGUGCACAUCACGUUGACCACACACGACUGCGGCGGGCUGUCCAAGCGAGACAUCAAGAUGGCUAAGUUUAUCGACAAAGUUGCUCUUUCCAUAAACCUGAAGACGGCAAUUUCUGGAAGAGGUGCAUUAAAAUGAUGGCCACACCGUGUUAUCCAUUUUUAUUAUUUUUUGCAAUUAAACUAUCCAUCCAUCCAUUUUGUGAGCCGCUUCUCCUCACUCGGGUCGCGGGCGUGCUGGAGCCCAUCCCAGCUGUCAUCGGGCAGGAGGCGGGGUACACCCUGAACUGGUUGCCAGCCAAUCGCAGGGCACAUACAAACAAACAACCAUUCACACUCACAUUCACACCUACGGGCAAUUUAGAGUUGUCAAUGAACCUACCAUGCAUGUUUUUGGGAUGUGGGAGGAAACCCACCCAGGCACAGGGGAGAACAUGCAAACUCCACACAGGCGGGGUCGGGGAUUGAACAUCGGGCCUCAGAACUGUGAGGCAGACGCGCUAACCAGUCGCUCACCGUUCCGCCUUCUAUGGAACUAAUUUAAUGAAGUAAAAAAUAAAAAUGUCCAUUAUUAUUUUAUAAUCUAUUUUUACCCAAUCAGAAACCUGAAGAAACAUAUUUAGGAAAAGAUGAGGUAUUCAUUAAUUUAUUGACUUUUGCCGAAUAAGAAACCUAAAGAAACGUGCAUUAAAAUGAUUUUGCGGACAACCGCAUAGCUUUAUCCAUUUUUGUUUUAUUUUUAUGUUUGCCAAUCAGAAAACACAACUACAUAUUUUUGGGGGGAAAUGCACAUUAAAAUGACUUUGCGGAUGACCACAAAGCUUUAUCUAUUCCCAAGCUCACAAUCACAGACCAUUAUUUUACAGAUAGUAAUAAUAAGCACAGUGCUUAUCUUUAAGCAAAUAAAGACGUGCCUAUUAUUUUUGGCGACUUCAAGCGACUAUGCGGUCGACCGCAUAGCUUUAUCCUGAGCCUGCGUUUUUCAGGAUUCGUUUGAGGGUUUUGGCAGUAGGGUGUGAAUUGGGGGUGGGAGGGGAAGCUCUGAUUUACAUUUGAUUGUCUCUCGACCCUGACUGAGUCUGAACCAGAAGAUCAAUCAAGAAGAAGAAGAAGAAGAAGCCACAUCAGCAAUACUCUGCUCCAAAGAGGGCUUCUCCAGACAAGAGCGCUCACUCGGUGCAACGGCUGAAAACCGGCUUAUCUUAGAAAACAAAAAUACUGAAUACCGUGAUGACGCUCUUAUGACGGAUAAGCAUUUGCUUAAACAACAGACUAUUGUAAUAUAUUUAGUGCACUUUUUGUGUUCUUGAAUAAAAUGUAUUGAAACAUGAA